AUCUACUGAAAAAAAUAGGCACAACAGUAUUAAUUUUCUGUGAUUACGGGACCGACCGCUAUUGCAGCGCUAGUGUGUAAGUUUUCUGUCAUUCGCGUUGCGGGACGGGUUAUAGUGGUACGUGCGCUCCUACUUGGAUUUUGACGUGUGACGGCAAAUAGCUACGGCCAGCUUCUAUUACAGAUUGGUGGUGAAUAGUAAUUUAGACAGACGGUAAUGAAAAAGUGAUAAAAAUGUCUGAAAGUAAAGGUGCGUUAAUAGCGAAAUCAGUGCAAAAACAUGCUGGACGAGCCAAGGAAAAGCUACUACAAAACCUUGGGAAGGUGGAUCGGACGUUGGACGAUAUCUUCGAGGAACACCUUCAGAAUUUCAACAGGCAGCACCAGCAAGCUACACGGUUACAAAAAGAGUUCAAUAAUUACAUAAGAUGCAUAAGAGCGGUGCAAACGGCGUCCAAAUCGCUAAUGGAAGCGAUCACGGAGGUAUACGAGAGUGGAUGGUCAGGCCACGACUUGCUAUACGUGCAGGCCCAGAACAUGGAGAUGCUAUGGCAGGACUUCUCGCACAAACUUGGCGACCAGGUGCUCAUACCGCUCAACACCUAUACCAACCAGUUCCCUGAAGUCAGGAAAAAAGUGGAGAAAAGAGGGCGUAAACUAGUCGACUAUGAUAGCCAGAGGCAUAGCUUUCAAAAUUUACAGGCAAAUGCUGCGAAGAGACGGGACGAUGUUAAGGUGACAAAAGGACGUGAGCAGUUGGAGGAAGCGAAACGCACUUACGAGGUGUUGAAUUCUGAAUUACACGACGAAUUGCCUGCGCUCUACGAUUCGCGUGUACUAUUCUACGUACACAAUUUGCAAACACUCUUCUCAGCUGAACAACUGUUCCAUUCGGAAAGCUCUAAGGUAUUCGCUGAACUGGAAGCUAUAACUGACAAGUUGGCAACGGAAUGUCAGCGCGGUUCUUACACCAAACGUGCUAAUAAUCAUGCCCUGCCCGCACAAAACGGAAAUCCGCCUGCGCCCACCGAUACCGUGCAGACGCCGCCUUCGGAGCGAGCGGCGCCGCCCUCCCCCGGCUGGGCGCCCCCGGGUACUCCGACAUCGGACGACUCGCCAUCACCGAAGGCCCACUCGACCCCGCCACAGGCCCACUCGACCCCGCCACAGGCCCACAUGACCCCGCCGCAAGCCCCCUCGCCCUUGCCUGAGACCCACUCGCCCCCUUCACCGGUGCCCAACGGUACAGCUCCCCCGCCGCCCGCGCGUCGCGAACAGGAGAAGACGCUCGAUAACAGCAAGGAGGAUUUGUACGAUGUACCAGUUGGGUCCCCGGUCACUGCGGAGAAGUUGAAUAAUAACUCCGAAGAAAAGCAAGUAGAUGUAGAAAAGAAACAGACAGAGACAGACAACAAACCAAACGAGUCAAAUCAAAGCAAGACAGAUGAAGUGUACGACAUUCCUGUCGGAGCAACGCUAGCGGGAUUGCCGGCGGGGACGUUGUACCGCGUGCGCGCCACGUACCGCUACACGCGCGAGGACUCGGACGAGUUGUCAUUCGAUGUGGGUGACGUCAUACGCGUCGUGGAAUACGACGAUCCCGACGAACCGAUUUUACUAUCUGUCUAUCUUAAUCCAAGAAUUAAAAAAAAGAAUAAUAUUGUAAAACAAUUUAAAAAUAAUCAAAAUAUAAAAAUAUAUAACUUAAUUGAAUUUGCAUACAAUAACAUAAUUACAACUUA